AGCAGGAGCAGGAUGAGCCGCGCAAGCUGACAGCCACUGCUGCCGCCCGCGCCCAGGCUCGGUCUCGCUCCCCGCGCUCGGGGCCGCUCCCCGCCUCCCGCCUCCCCCGGCCGCCCGCGGGGCGGCCCGCCCCCUCUGCACCUCCGGGCCCGGAGCUGCCUCCAUCGCUCCUGCAUCCCGGCCGGGGGGAGGAGGAGGCGGAGCAGGAGGCGAGCCGGAGCCGCCGCCGCCAACGCCGCCGCCGCCGCCGCCGCCCGAGCAGGACAGAGCGCGCCGCAGCCCCGCGCGUCCGGCCGCCGCCCGCGCCCAUCCAGCAGCCUCGCCGGAGCCACACCGCGGGACAGCUGCGGCCGCGGCGCGUCCGGGCCCGGCCCAGCCCAGCCCAGCUCAGUCCCGGCACCGGGCGGCCCGGCGGCCGGCCCGCCCCCGAGGGCGCCGGGCGCGGCGGGAGGAUGCCGAAGCCGACGCUGCUGCUGCGCGGGGGCUGGGAGCGCGAGCGCAGCCCCGGGGACUCGGAGCUGGGCCGCCAGUUCCGGGACUGGUGCUUGCGCACCUACGGCGACUCGGCCAAAACCAAGACGGUGACACGCAGCAAAUACCAGCGGAUCGCCGAGGUCCUGCAGGGCGGCGGCGGGACCGGCGCGGGCAGCGGCCCCGCAGCCGGCGAGAAAGGCAAGUUCCAGUUCUGGGUGCGCUCCAAGGGCUUCCGCCUGGGCAGCGGCCGGGAACCCAAGAUGGGCCAAGUGGUGUAUGUGCCGGUCAAGACAGGCUCGGGGGCAGAUGGCCUGUCGGAGCCGGAGGGCAUCUCUCUGAAGCGGGUCGCUGUGGUGGAAGAUUUCUUUGACAUCAUCUACUCGAUGCAUGUGGAGAGCUCAGCGGAGCCAGGCAAAGCCCCCAAGCACGCUGGGCAGAAGAAAACCUACCGAGCGAUCGCAGAGACCUAUGCCUUCCUCCCGAGAGAGGCUGUGACCCGGUUCCUGAUGAGCUGUACAGAGUGUCAGAAGAGGAUGCACUUUAACUCCAAUGGCCUGGAACCCAAAGAGAACGAGCCUCCAUCUCCACUGGUCUCUGGGAUUAUUGAUUACAACAUGCCUCUCACCUCCACCUACCUGAAGCAGAUGAAGCUUCGAGUGAUGAAUUCCCAGGAGCAGGAUGAGACUUCUGUGAGCAGCGAGGAUUUUGAUAUGAGCGACUCCACAUGGAUGUCAGCUGACCCGCACCUGGCCUCCAGCCUGAGCCCCAGCCAGGACGAGAGGAUGCGGAGCCCACAGAACCUCCACAGUCAAGAGGACGAUGACUCCUCCUCCGAGAGUGGCAGCGGCCAUGGCUCCUCCACCCUGAACCCUUCCACGUCGAGCAGCACGCAGGGCGACCCUGCCUUCCCCGAGAUGAAUGGCAGCGGUGCCGUGGCCCCCAUGGACUUCACCACGGCCGCUGAGGAUCAGCCCAUCAACCUGUGUGACAAGCUCCCGCCGGCCACGGCACUUGGCACACCCUCCUACCCCUCCGAUGGCUGUGGUGCCGACGGGCUGCGGAGCCGAGUCAAAUACGGGGUGAAGACCACCCCUGAGUCCCCCCCCUACAGCUCUGGGAGCUACGAUUCCAUUAAGACUGAGGUCAGCGGCUGCCCUGAGGACCUGACAGUGGGCCGGGCCCCGACGGCAGAUGACGACGAUGAUGACCAUGAUGACCAUGAGGACAAUGACAAGAUGAACGACUCCGAAGGCAUGGACCCUGAGCGUCUGAAGGCCUUCAACAUGUUUGUGCGUCUCUUUGUGGACGAGAACCUGGACCGCAUGGUGCCCAUCUCCAAGCAGCCCAAGGAGAAGAUCCAGGCCAUCAUCGAGUCCUGCAGCCGGCAGUUCCCCGAGUUCCAGGAGCGGGCCCGCAAGCGCAUCCGCACGUACCUCAAGUCCUGCCGGCGCAUGAAGAAGAACGGCAUGGAGAUGACCAGACCCACGCCACCCCACCUGACCUCGGCCAUGGCAGAAAACAUCCUGGCAGCUGCCUGUGAGAGCGAGACGAGAAAGGCAGCCAAGCGGAUGCGUCUGGAGAUCUACCAGUCCUCACAGGAUGAGCCCAUAGCCCUGGACAAGCAGCACUCGCGGGACUCCACAGCCAUCACCCACUCCACCUACUCACUGCCAGCCCCCUCCUACUCCCAGGACCCUGUGUACGCCAACGGCGGCCUCAGCUACAGUUACCGCGGGUACGGGGCCUUGAGCAGCAACCUGCAGCCCCCCGCCUCCCUCCAAACAGGAAACCACAGUAAUGGGCCCACGGACCUCAGCAUGAAAGGCGGGGCCUCCACCACCUCCACCACCCCCACCCCCACCCCCUCCAGCACCAGCACCAGCAGGCCCGUGCCCACCGCUCAGCUCAGUCCCACGGAGAUCAGCGCCGUGCGGCAGCUCAUCGCGGGCUACAGGGAGUCUGCUGCCUUCCUGCUGCGCUCUGCAGACGAACUGGAAAACCUCAUCCUACAGCAGAACUGACCCCACCGGCACCUGGAGCGCACUGCCCUAGGGAAAGAGGCUGUCCCAGCCUGGACCCAGCUUCCUGCCUCACCAGUUGGUACAUUUUGUUUCUGAAAGAGGUGGGAUCCAAAAGAGCUGUUUCUAGCCACACUCCAAGCACCUGAGACUUUGGGCACAAGGACACUUUUUUUUCUUUUUUUUUUUUUUUGGAAUCUCACCACACGGGUGCUCUGACCUGCUUGGAAGAGGCCAACGGGGCAGCUCUGGAAGGGUUGGGGGCUUCCCUGACAAGGCGCUGGGGCUGCAGCUCUGUUUAGAAUCACCUUCGUGGACCCUAAUGUUAGAAUCCCACCCCCAGAUAAUUACCUUUCAAGUCUUAGGUGAGCAGAAUUGCAUAUUUAUUGAGAAAAACAAAGUGGACCCUUUCUUCCUCUCCCCUUAGUAAUUUAUUUUUCUGAAAAUGGAUUCUUUUGUGUUUGUACAGAUUGCUAGUCUGUGUCUGUCUGAUCAGAAGGAUGUAUCCCCAUACCUAACAUUCCAUAUCACUACACUGAUGUGGGCUGGGGCCGGGGCAGGGUGGAUGCCAGGCUGGCUGUCCCUCUGCAUGCCUGGCGCACCCUGUGGCCGCUAUCCCAUGGCCAGGCCAUCCUGUUGCAGAUCCCAGUGCCGCCACAGGGACACCACCAGGCACCUCCCUAGGCACCGCCAAGCAGGAGGACCUCACCCACACCCAUGGCAAAGCAAAACAAAAGAGGUGCCCCCACCCCAUUCUCCAGAAGCCCCAGUCCAUGGUCACCUGUAUUCUACCUCACACUCCAGCGUGGGCUUUUUCCAGGAUGUGCCCUGAGCCUGUUCUGAACAGCUGUCACCCCAGCUCCCCCACACAGUGUCUGCCUGGGAGGUAAGUCCAGACUGGGUGUCCAGGAGCUGGAACCCAGAGAGCAUCCUGUCCCUAACCAGCCACUGCAGUCCUCUAGCUCUGGCCCUCUCGGCUGCUUGACAGGACGGACUGCUGGGAGAUGGCAGCCGGUCGGCAGGGCCCUUGCCCGCACACCCCGCUGCCCAGGAGCCAGGUCUGAACUGUGCACAGGCCCGGGCCCUAAGACCCCUGCCAAGAGGGGCCGCUUCGUCAGGGUGAGCCCCGGCUGUCGGGCAGCUGUGAGCUCCAGGGCGGACAGCAGCUCCCAUCCCCUUGCGCCAUGUUUGGGGUAAAGGGAUCAGUGGAAGUGGAGGAGCCACUUGGGGUUCUCCUAAGACCAGCCCUUCUGGAGGGGCCAGUCCUGGAAGAAACCCAUAAUCCCUGGAGUGUGAAAAAGGGCAAAAAGAAAAAGCUGGCCUGGUUUCCUUCCUCCCUGAUAGGCACUUCCUCUUGCUCAGUGCAAUACCUACCAGUGCUGCUAAACCAGGGAUUCGCCCAGACCUCAGCAGGCCCCCAGGGCCUCUCCAUGCAACACUCCGUAGCCAUGACAGCAGCUCUCUGCUGCCCGCCCCUGCCCAGAACUGGCAGAAGCCCUCUGUUGCCUUUCCUCCCUCAGAGCAGAGAGGCCCCAGGGGAGCCAGGGCCGAGUGGAACCUAGGAUGGCCACAGAGAACCACUCGCUCCUCGAACAGGCACCCCUUCCCAAACCAGCUUUUCUGCAGCCAAUUGCCUGUUGCAGCUGCGGCCACUGCCUCCCAGCACUGUGGCAGACUCCCCCCGAGGAGGGACGGGGAGGGGGCACCAGUGAAGAUGCCCCAUCCUGCCUCAGGUCCAGAACUCUGAAAGGUAGGGUGCCCACCCCGUGCUUACUUCCAGCCCCUAGAGGUUGGGGGUGGUCGUCUCUCUCAAGUGGCCUCCAACAACCUACCCAGCCACACCACCUCUGCCUUCCGUCUGACCAAUCCCCAGGCCUCUGGUCAGGGCCGGGACACCUGAGACUCACCCUUAGCACAGCACAACCUCCAGUGCCCAAGGCCUCUCCCACACCCCAGCCAUCCACACAUCCAGCCACCUGCUCAGUACUACUCCCCUCAACAUCUGAAUUCGUGUAAAUAUUUAUUUUUGUGUGUGAACAAUACUACAAAGUAAUCCGUGAGAUCUCUUGCAAAAUGUUACCCCAGGCAAUUUGUGAGAAUCUUAAUGUUAAAACCUGGCAGAGACAAUCGCCACCCUAGAAUUCCUGGUAUCAGUUACUUCACAUGUCACUUCUCCUCCCAGAGGCAGCACCCAAGCUAGACGUGGAGCGUUUGCAUUUCUUGGCAGACAGGAGUGAGAAAGACUGGGGAAGGGGGUUCCCUCCCGCCACCCACACCAGGAUUAGAUCUAAAGAUCAGCAUAAGCUACAGUUUGAAGUCACGUUUUUCUGAGUUCAAGCUGUUAGAACUGACCACCCUCUAGCCUGCCUUAGUACUGCGGCAAGAGCAUAGGUUCAAUGUGUUUUCAAGAGAAAGGAAAGAAUAUGUCAGUGGUUAAAGUCCAUUGGGCCUCCUAGGCCCCUCCAGGACAAGGAAUUUCAUCAUGUUGACCCCACCUCUUGGGUGGGCUCCUCCUUUCCAGUGAAACUACACCUGAAGCCCUGGAGAUGGCAGAAUCAGGAGCAAGUUUCUGCAUGGAAACAGGAUUCCAUUUAGCUGGCUCAGUCAGGGAACUUGUUCUGUUUUGCUUUUGUUUUAAAAGAUACAGCUUCAACCCCUUCCCCCUACUCCUGACUUGGAGGGCACCAAAGAGCUGGUUCUGAUGAACCAAGCUCACUGCUGUCUCACCCUCACCAGAGGGACUGCCUUCUCCCAAAAGGAGCUCCCAAAGCCCUGUCCCACAGCCAUUUAAAAAUCUUCUGAUGGGCCUCAGGGCACAAAGUAAUCAUUGGGGAUCCUAAGUUAAAAAGGAAACGCAAGAGUAGAAUACUCCAAUUCCAGAGUCUUUGCAGGGGCUAAUCCCACGAGAAGGGCAGCAUCAGAGAAGUGGGCAUUGGUCUUAGUGGUGGACCAUCAGGUAGACAGGUGGUAGUGUGUAUAACCCAUCUGAAACUCAUUUUACCGUCGCCACUCUUACAGAGGACAGUUUAUUCCCAAGGACAGUGCUGACAGGGAGCGGGGACAGGCAGGGAGUUAGGAGGGUUUUCGAGGAUUUCAAACAGGUGGAACCCAUCCAUCCCUAUUCCCAAGGGCCACUUACAACUCCAAGGGUGGUUAUAGGAUUAACUACCAGUUCAUUUUCAAAAUGCUGCUUUGAACUCAGAGGGUUGAUACUUUUAAUUUGUAAUUUUUUGUAAAACUUUUUACAAAAUAAUAGUAAAGUAUUUCACCAGAAUACCAGUUUCAAUCCGUCCAUGGUCUGAUUUUUAUAUAAUUUAGUGGUGCUUUAGAAACUUUGUUUUUGUUGUUUCUGAGCUAAGCAGCUCAAUCCUUUUUCGCCUGUAUCUACCUAAGACCAAUGUGAACCUUUGUAUUUUUGCUCCUAAUUUUGGACUCAGUGAAAGUGUACUGUUUACAUGUACAGAUGCCCCCAGUCCCUGUGUGUUCUGCAAGACUUGCCCUUGAGGAGGAAGAUGCACCUCACUAAGCUCAUCUGCUUAGCAAAGCCACAAACAAAAACCUCUCACUUUUUACCUACGUUUCCACCUAAAAAUACAACAAAAAACCUACACCAUAUAGAACUCAGAUUGGCUGAAAAACUUUCCACCUGGUAGAUGGCCCAUAUGCCUCUAUUAUGUGGUCCAUUUAGGAGCAGGAGUCAGAAGAGAGACCUCCUAUUGGCUGCUGGUGGGUAACUGCAUGGACAGAGGAAAAGGGAGGGCAGGACUUUGCUGCAGAGCUAUGGGAUGAAUGUAGUUCUUCCCUGGGCAGCCUGGGAGUGGGAAGGUCAGAAUGACUCACGUGGCCUUCAGGAUCAAGCCAACCAGGAUUUAGAGACAACCCAAGAGGUCUUUAGUCCUCUGGCGUAAUUUAGACAUGUUUUGGAAGAGCACGAGUUCCGUAUCUGAGAUGAGAUGUUAAGACUUUCAGUGCAGACAGUACAAGCCAUUUCUUCAGGGUUCCUCUGGGGGCCGCUCCUUCAUGAGGUCCCACCUCCGGGGAGGGGCACAGGACUCCAGAUAGUAAGCACUUAAGGCAAACAGUGGAUGGCACCAACUUUUAAAGGUGACUCUUUGUUAAUCAAUGGCUUCACCUCUAAAUUAUAUUUUUACAGAUAAUGCACCUAUGCAACUUAACGUGGCUCUUCUAAGCAGGUGAGGACUUCCUCCUCAAUGCUCUCUAUAAAAAAUCGUUUGUGUCCUAUAUAGUGAGUUUUACCAGUAAAUGUGGCUUAAUAUUUUAAUUCUUAGAAUGUGUCUUCUGUACGUGAUGCGACUAAAUUCUGUUUUGUUUGUGGAAUGACUAGCACAGGCCGACUCCCUCUCUCCCUCACUUAACAAAAGACCAAUGAGCUGUUAAUCGAGCUGUUAUCUCCAUGGUAUUACUUGCUAAAUGCACUGAUUUCAUAAGUAUGUGGAAUCCUUUUCCUUUUGAAUCUGUAUAUCAUAUAUAAGACUGAAUCUACUUAAUAAACACUGAACA